AUGACGGAGCAUGAAGAUAUCAAAGAAACACCUCAUUUAUCGAUAUUAGUUUCGGAUCCACAGAAGCAAAGAGGAGACCAGGGAAAAACAUCAUUUUAUGUGACGUAUCAAAUUUCCACCAAGACUAAUGACAAAUCCUACUACGAAGCAUUCCACAAGCAAGAAAGCCGUAGUGAGGAAAGUUCGGAUGGAGCUGGACUUGAGAUAAUAGUUGUCCACAGGAGGUACAGCGAUUUUCUUCUACUACAAAGUAUUUUAAGCCAAGAUCAUCCAACGUGUGUGAUCCCACCGCUACCAGAUAAAAAAGUGUUCCAGUACAUUGCCGGCGACAGAUUCAGUCAAUCCUUCACUCAAAAAAGAUGUCAUAGCCUGCAAAACUUUUUGAGACGAAUCUCGGAACACCCUGUUUUGUCAAAAUCACACAUUUUAAUGACCUUUCUGACAAGCGGCGACUGGGAUGCUUACCGCAGAAGUCUCUCAGGUACCUUAAAUGGUAGCAAAGAAGAAGUGAGCGACACGUUCAUGAAUGCAUUUAAGUCUGUGCACAACCAAACAGAAGAAUUUGUGGAGAUUAAAGAAAAGAGCGACAAACUGGACCACAAUGUUUCCAAAAUUGACAAGGUCUUUCACAGAGUUGUCAAACGGCAGGAUUCUAUUUCAGAUGACUAUCUGAAAUUUAGUGCAAAUUUACAGGACUUGCAAGAAUUAGUGUCCAACAGUACAGCUGAAGAUGAAAAUCUCAGGUCUAAGGUUAAACUUUUCAAUGAUGGAGUAUCACAACUUUCAUAUGGGCUUAAAGAUUUGAGUAAGUUCCUGGAGUAUGAGUACAUCGUUGAUCUCAAAGAUUUGGAACACUACAUUGAUAUGGUUAACCAGACCGUCAAGAUGAAGGACCAGAAACAAAUUGACUACGAAGAGCUUAGUAACUAUUUGACAAGAUCUAUCAAUGAAAAGAAUAACUUAAUUUCUGGCUACGGGGGUGGAAAUUUUUUCACCAGCAAGCUAGAGGAACUUGCAGGAAUCAACCAGGAAGCUGCCCGGCGUGAAAAGAUCUUGAAGCUGGAAACUAAAAUAACUUCGCUAACUGGUGAGGUAGAAAAUGCCAAGGAAGUUGCCGAUGCGUUCGAACGUGAGGUCCUAAAAGAGGUGGCCAUUUUCGAGGAGAUUAAAACUAAGGAACUCAAGACAUCGUUGACGUCACUCGCUGAUAAUCAAAUAGAAUUCUACAAAAAAAUGGUCGACGUUUGGACCAAGGUGGAAGAAGGUCUGUGA